AGGCCCCGCCCCGUACCGGUGCGCCUGCGCACAGGCGAACACGUGGCUGCCGCGGAGCCAGAGCAGCAAUGGCGGCGGGUGGUGGAGGUGUUGCGGAACACUUUUCCCCCGCGGGGGUCCCCUGCGCCUUCUCCCCGCAAAGCCAGGCCUAUUUCGCUUUAGCGUCUACCGACGGUCACCUGAGAGUGUGGGAGACAGCCAACAACCGGCUGCACCAGGAGUACGUGCCUUCCGCGCACCUCAGCGGUACCUGCACCUGCCUGGCCUGGGCGCCAGCGCGGCUGCAGGCCAAGGAAGGUCCACAGAGGAAAAAAAGGAAAUCAGAAGCUAUAGGGACAAGUAACCAGGUUGAUUUGUUGGCUCUUGGUACAGCAGUUGGUAGUAUUUUAUUAUACAGUACAGUAAAAGGAGAAUUACACAGUAAAUUGAUAAGUGGUGGACAUGACAACAAAGUCAAUUGCAUACAGUGGCAUCAAGACAAUGGCUGUUUAUAUAGUUGUUCAGAUGAUAAACAUAUUGUGGAAUGGAACACACAGACGUGCAAAGUAAAGUGCAAAUGGAAAGGUGAUAAUAGCAGCGUCAGUUCUCUGUGUAUCAGCCCAGAUGGAAAGAUGUUGCUUUCAGCUGGUCGAACAAUCAAACUAUGGGUUUUGGAGACCAAAGAAGUCUACAGACACUUCACAGGACAUGCAACGCCGGUUUCAUCACUUACGUUCACUACUAUCAGACCUCCUAAUGAGAGCCAACCCUUUGAUGGAAUUACAGGUCUUUAUUUCUUAUCUGGAGCAGUACAUGACCGGUUACUUAAUGUCUGGCAGGUCCGGUCAGAAAACAAAGAGAAGAAUGCAGUGAUGUCUUUUACAGUUACAGACGAACCCGUCUAUAUUGACUUGACUUUGUCAGAAAAUAAAGAAGAGCCUGUCAAGUUAGCUGUUGUUUGCAGAGAUGGUCAAGUUCAUCUUUUUGAACACAUAUUAAAUGGAUACUGCAAAAAACCUUUGACUUCAAACUGCACAAUUCAGAUAGCAACGCCUGGGAAAGGCAAGAAAUCAACACCAAAACCCAUCCCUAUUCUAGCAGCUGGUUUUUGCUCUGACAAAAUGUCAUUGUUGCUUGUAUAUGGCAGUUGGUUUCAGCCCACCAUUGAGCGAGUGGCUUUAAAUUCCAAAGAACCUCAUAUGUGUUUAGUAAGAGAUAUUUCAAUCUGCUGGGCCCCAAAAGUAGAAACAGCUGUAACAAAGGUGAGAACACCAAUGAUGAAUUCUGAAGCAAAAGUUCUGGUGCCUGGGAUACCUGGUCAUCAUGCAGCUAUCAAGCCUGCUCCUCCACAGACUGAGGAAAUAGAGAGCAAGAGGAAAUUAGGGGAAAAUGAGGUUAGCAUUGAAGAACGCCUGGGAGCACUGGAUAUAGAUACGAAAAAAGAAAAGGACAACCUGCCACAGACAAACAGUUUUCCAGUUCUCCUCACACAGGGUUUAGAAAGUAAUGAUUUUGAAAUGCUAAAUAAAGUACUUCAAACUAAGAACUUAAACCUAAUAAAGAGAACUGUAUUAAGGAUGCCCCUGCAUGCUGUCAUUCCGUUGUUGCAAGAGCUUACAAAGAGAUUACAAGGACAUCCUAAUAGUGCUGUUUUAAUGGUUCAGUGGCUAAAAUGCGUGUUAACGAUCCACGCAUCCUACUUAUCCACAUUGCCUGACCUGGUACCCCAGCUGGGGACACUGUACCAGUUAAUGGAAAGCAGAGUAAAAACUUUUCAGAAACUCUCCCACCUUCACGGAAAGCUCAUCCUUCUAAUCACGCAAGUUACAGCGUCAGAAAAAACAAAGGAACCGACUUGUCCUGCACAGAAGGCAAAGUUGGUGUAUGAAGAAGAAUCUUCUGAAGAGGAGUCUGAUGAUGAAAUAGCAGAUAAGGAUUCUGAUGAUAAUUGGGAUGAAGAUGAGGAAGAGAAAGGAAGUGAAAAAGAUGAGGAUGUUGAUGAAGAGGAAGAAGAGGAAGAAGAGGAUGCUGAAGAAAAAGGUGAAGAAAAUGGUGAGGACAGAGAUGUGGCAAGUGAAAAGGAAUUAAAUGGAGAUUCUGAUUUAGAUCCUGAAAAUGAAAGUGAAGAAGAAUGAACAGAGAAGAGCAAGUCAAACGAACUAUGUAAAACUGGCUCACCUUACCCACUGCUGCCGAGUUCUCCUAUGGAGGGUUGUCUCUGUGACAGAUGCCAAGGACCGCUGCACAUUUCCAAAUUCCUAAUGGUGGCUCCCAUGCCACUUUGCUAUCUUGAGCACCCCAGACUUAACUGUGUAAAUAAGAGAGUUUCAUUCAAAUGUUAAUAAACUUUACACAGCAAAUAGAUACAUUUUCUGCAGUGUACUGACAUGAGUGUCCAAUAUAUGGUAUAUUUUUAUAAUGUAAUAUCCCGGUAUGAUUGGUUAUGCCAAGAAUUGAUGUAAGUGAAGAUAAAGACAUUUCUCAUGUAAGGGUUCAAGAACUGGACUUUUGUGAAGGAGUCAGCUCUUAUCUCAGGUUGGUAUCUUUCAUCACAUCCUGGUAUGAAGCAGCACUAGUGAAAAAAUUUUAAUUUGGUACAUUUUCAUAAAAUAUGAAGGGAUAAACUAAAAACUGGAGUAAAAAUGAUUGUGACUAAAAAAAAUAAAAUCACCAGUAUCCCUAGCUUCUCUAUUGACUGGUAAUCUGAUUUGGGUCAGAUUGAAUAUUUGGAGUGCUUCCCCAAAACAACCACUUAUUUUUUAACCUGUCAUGUGAAGUAUUUUUUUAAAACACAGAAAAAUUAUGAUAAUUAAACUAAAGAAUUAGCCAUAUUAAGGAUUUUUCUUGAUUGCAAGUUGCCUGUAAAGAAUCAUCAGUGUAUAGAUUUAGAAGUGCUCAUUACCUGCAACUUUUUAAAAGAUUCAGUUACAGCUGCUUUUGAAGAGGUUUUCAUUUUUAUUUAAAUUACUAAUGGAUCAAAGAACAGUUGUUUAUUUUUUCUCUUUGGUUUUAGAUAUUAAUGAUAACCUUGUUGGAGUUUUUUUCCAAAGAAAAUAUUUUUAUAAUUCCGUAAUUUAAUGUGUUCCUUUUCAUUACCCACUCUUGGCAGUGUUAGGGUAUGAUUACCUUAAAAUAAAUCCGACUCAAGAUUUUUUAUGUAUGUAUAAAGUAUUUUGGUGUGCUACAAAAGCCUUUUCAAAUUAUCAGUAAUUUUUUUUUUUUAAAAGAAUGAGCCAGUAUUUGCUUAGUGCUCUCUAGGGAACAUGCAGAUGGAAGCUCAACUCUAAGAAAGGGCUGGGGAGAUGGGUUUAUUUUUCCCACCUGUGAAUAUGUAAAACAAAACCAUCAUCUCCGAGGGACUUCUGAUAUCGGUGGCAGACAGAUUUCUGUGCUCAACUAAUAGAGCUGGAGCCAUAUAGAGCAUCUUGGGAAAGUUAGAGUCAGCUACUGGUGUAAUGUAUAGUUAUAUUUGUCUAUAAAUGGAGCUGUUUAUGGCAAUUUAAUACCAUUCUCUUUGUAAAGUGAAUAAAUAUUCAUCUUUA